GCCGCUUGGUGAGCAGUUUCGGCUGGUAGGAUUAAGGAGUUGCCCGGUAGUGCUGUGGGUAAGAUCCGUAGUCGAAGUUUGGGCCGUGAAACUACAUUUUCAGACAGGCUGACAUCAGUCCCAGCUGUUCCUGGUUUUGCUGUUCCUUGGACCUUUGGGUUGAGUCCAGUCGUAGCCGUGCAACAUGGAGCCUCUCCACUGCGUGAAUGAAGGCUGACCAGAAGGAAGGCGGCUGUCCAAAUGACGUUCCCAAGUGGCCUUGUGGAAGCAGUAGCUGCGUGUUGGAGUGCUUUUUCAUGAUUACCGUUGUAUGUGUGUCAGCGGGAACAGCUUAGCGAAACCCGACGUUUUCAUCGGGCCGGGGAAUGAGACUGGAGUCAAGAAAUCCACAAGAAAGAAGCUCCUGUUUAUAACCAACAUUCUCGAAAAGCUGUAUGAUUGACACACAGGCCACUUCAGCUGUGGUGUUGGCUCGUUUAAGUGUGCGCGGGAUUUUUUAACAGCAACGCCUCUCCUCUGUUCUGUGAUAUCAGUCUCUCUCUUUAAAGUACCCUCCAUUACUGUUGUUGGAGUUUCUAUGGUUUGCAUGGCUGGAGAAUAACCGUGGAGAGGCCAGGGUAUCACAAGCUUAUGGAUUUUGAUAAGAGAGGGGGCAAAGGAGAGACAGAGGAAGGCAAAAAGAUGUCUAAGUCGACGGCCAACAGGACUGGCGGCAGGGGUACAGGGACCAAUUCUGGAGUUCUAAUGGUUGGCCCGAACUUUCGUGUGGGCAAAAAAAUCGGCUGCGGUAACUUUGGAGAGCUGAGGUUAGGCAAAAACCUCUACACUAAUGAAUAUGUGGCCAUCAAAUUGGAACCCAUAAAGUCCAGGGCGCCACAGCUCCAUUUGGAGUACAGAUUUUACAAACAGUUGGGAAAUUCAGAGGGAAUUCCUCAGGUGUACUACUUUGGCCCAUGCGGGAAAUACAACGCCAUGGUUCUGGAGCUGCUGGGGCCCAGUUUAGAGGAUUUGUUUGACCUGUGCGACCGCACCUUCUCCCUCAAAACCGUCCUCAUGAUAGCCAUACAGCUGAUAACGCGGAUGGAGUACGUGCACACCAAGAGUCUGAUCUACAGAGAUGUGAAGCCCGAGAACUUCCUCGUCGGGAGGCCCGGUAGCAAGAGGCAGCACACCAUCCACAUCAUCGACUUUGGUCUGGCCAAAGAGUAUAUAGACCCCGAGACCAAAAAACACAUCCCCUACCGGGAGCACAAGAGUCUGACAGGGACAGCGCGCUACAUGAGCAUCAACACACACCUGGGAAAAGAGCAAAGCAGAAGAGAUGAUUUAGAGGCUCUGGGCCACAUGUUUAUGUACUUCCUCCGAGGUAGCCUUCCUUGGCAGGGCCUGAAGGCUGACACUUUGAAGGAGCGAUACCAGAAGAUCGGAGACACCAAACGAGCAACCCCGAUCGAAGUGCUUUGUGAGAGCUUCCCUGAAGAGAUGGCCACCUACCUGCGCUACGUGAGGAGGCUGGACUUCUUUGAGAAGCCAGAUUACGAUUACCUACGGAAGCUCUUCACCGAUCUGUUCGACAGGAACAGCUACGUCUUCGACUACGAGUACGACUGGGUCGGCAAAUCUCUUCCCACACCGAUCGGCCCUAUCCCCAGUGACACACCGCUGCCCCCCAGCAGCAGAGACAAAGCACAACAGCAGACCAAAAACCAGUCACCUGAGCCCAAAGGAAGUGAGUCUCAGCCCACCCCCGUGACCAAUAAGGAGACUCUGGGGUCGCACCUCACAGCUGAGCGGCUGGGGGGCUCUGUUCAGGUGAUGAGCUCAACGAAUGGCGAGCUGAACACGGACGACCCGACAGCCGGACACUCCAACGCUCCCAUCACUGCUCCCACUGAGGUUGACGUGGUUGACGAAACCAAGUGCUGUUGUUUCUUCAAAAGGAGAAAGAGGAAAGCUCUCCAGAGGCACAAGUGAAGGAAGAGGAUGGAGGCAACUUGAAACAUUGUGGUCACUGUCAAGUUUUAAAUGGAAGCAACUACACAAAAAGGCCCCGCCCCCUUCGUUCCUUCUCAUCCUCCCCUCCUGGCCGCCACCAUGUACCUGCUUCCUUCGCGCUCCCUCUCUCUCUCACUCUCUCCCUCUCUCUCCGUUCUCGGCGCUCCCCAUGGCUCCCGCCGAGUUGAAGGAAUGUCGCAGUCCUACUGACUCCACAAGAGACUUUUGAUUCUUUUACAGACUAAUUCUAAGCGUACCUGCAUUACAACUGGGAGCUCGAGGAGAAGCGUAUAAAAGCUGUAACAAUGAAACUCGAAUACAGUGGCGUGAAUUUAAAAAAGAAAAAAAAAAGAUGCUGUUUGAAGCAGUUGUUGUAUUCUAGAUUCCAUGCAGAACGUUUGGAUCAGCUGUCGAUCAGGGGAAACUAUUCAGGUGGUUCAAGUGAAAGAAAUCUGCUCCGUAGGAAUUAAAUUUUCUUUUUUUUUUAUCCUUUAUUUUCUCGGUGUGUAUUUUGGGAUCAAGGUGAAAGGUGAACUAUGCUGAUGUUCAAUCUGAGAGACACAGGAAACAUUUCAUCUUUAAAACUGAAUCUGAUUUUUAUGUAUUUUUCUUUUUUUCUUUUGUUGUUUUGUAAGUUAAUCCUCAGUUUUCAGACUCGACCCCUGCAUUCAACGCUUCUUUUCGUGUCGUAGUUUUCUGGAGUACAGUUCUUUCCUCUCGUCCUUCAUCGCGGUCUUUGUAGCACAGUCACUGGCCUCAGGUACUGUGGAAGAAAGAGCAAAAGCAGAUACUAAGCUCUCAUUUUUAUUGCACUUUUGGGAAAGAAAACAAUUACAGCGGAAAAACUUCAGGCUUUAAAUUAAAAGUCAAGACUGAUCUAGGAUGAUUAUCUCUAGGAAAGGAAGAUGUUUUGAUUUCUUGUUUUGUUUGUUUUACAUCCAAAUAAUUUACCAGAAAAUUGUAGUUUGUGCCUUUUUAAGUAAAAUGUUUAAAGCUCAAGUGAGUGUCCCACAGUGAAAUUUUAUCUAAUCUGACCCAAAUGCUCGGUGGAUUAAUGUCCGUGCUCGUGUGUUUGGGAGGGAGCACACUGGCGACCGCUAAUCCGGAAGUUCUUGUAAGCAAAUCUGUGAAAUGAGCGCGUGCAUCCCUGCAGCCCGCUUCAGAGAGGUUUACGGCAGCAGAACGGCCAAACAUGGCCGAUGUUGUGAAAUUUCAUCUGGAUAAGUAGGAAAGAGACAAGAAGCUCGGUGAGGUUCAUUUAAAGUCUCUCUGGAAUCCCGUUUCUGAUCAAACGGAUCAGUAAAACUCAUGUUGUGGUUUCAUGUACCUCAUGUUGCGUCUUCUUGUUUUCCUCCAACAUGUCUGACAAACUUUGAAUCCCGUCACCUCCAGCGCAUAGCCAGCUUUUGUUUGUCGCAAGAAGCAUUUGAGUUAAGAUUUUUGUUUUCAUGUGUAAAUUUUAAUGAAAAAGGAAAAAUCUGAGCCCGUUUAUGUUUGAGACCAUGGACUGAUUACUAGUUUUGCACCAAUCAUUGAUUUCUACUGUUCUGUGAGGUUUGACCUGCCGAUUUCAACUUUGACUGCUUCCCAUGUUGUUUUUUCUUUCUCCUGAGGAUUACUGAAUUUAAUAGAAAAUUAAAUAUUUACAAGGUUCUUCCUGUUAUAUGCAUCAAAGCAUACAUUUCUAACCAUAAUUUGAUUUGUAUUUAUUAGGGAUUCAAUUCAGAAAAAGGUUACAUACUGUCGGUGAUAAUAGAUUGAUAAUGCAUCAUUAGAAACAAUUCAUAUUAUUUUCAGCAUUUGUAAUGCUAAUCAAGAGAAAAUUGGCCAAUUUCUAAACGAUAGUUUGCGGCACACCAGGAAUUCACAUGAUGCAUAAAUGUCCCAAAUUAUAAAAAUAAAAUGGUACAUAAUUAUCAGAACCAAAUUUAUGCCACAAAACAUUUAUUUUCUGUUCUAAUAAUCAGUCCGGUUAAUUUAUUUUUUUCCCUGUAAUCCGUCCGUAGCUACCCUUCCAGAACAUGUUGACCAGUAUGUUAUAGCAUAUAAACUCAUUUUAAAAACCAACUAAACUGAACUUUGAGAACAAUUUUAUACCUGCAGGAUUCACAAACACCGUUUUGAUCAAGAUUAUUUCAAACCUCAUCUGGUUUUCACACAACGUUGGCACCUUUUUUUUUUUUUAAUUAAUUUUACGUUCACAUAUGAAUCCAGCUGUUUAAGAGAGCAGAUCAUUUGUUCCUCUAAGCAGGUUUUAGAGGAUUGAUGAACAGAAGUGAGAAAGCAGCUGUGUAACCCCACAAAGUUCUUGGAUGCCUGUCAUAGCCAUGACUUAAUUUAGACAUGCAGUAUAAGGAAACUGCAAAGUUGUACGUUUGCUGCUGUAUAUUAACCCAAGCGCAUAUCCAAAUGUUCAGGUUAUGGCAAGCCAAUAGGGCCAAAUGUUUUUUAGACGUGUCUGGUUAAGAAAUUAUGUUAAAGUCACCUUGGGUUGAUGAAAACUCUUCCAGAUUUUAUGCCUAUAAGUGGGUUUUCAAGACCACCUGAGCAGCAGAAAGAAAGGGGAAAAUCUUUACCCAGUUAAUGAAUGUUGCGCCAUUUGUCAUUCUUAAACAAGCCUUUAAUAUUGAAAAGCUGGACCUCCACCCACCGCCAUUCAGGAGCCAUUCAAAACGCAUUUUUGAUGGGGAUCUGGUGACUACCCAACAUGAUUUUAUGCAAUUUGUUUGGGAAACGGGUUGAAUAAAAAAACUUCACUGAUUUUUGUCGCUAAUGGCUUGCCAUAUAGGAUGACUCUACACCGUUACAUGUGGACCCGUUAACAGCAGGGAGCACUUGUGGCUCAUCAAAGUAUUCCACUGAAACUAGAUUGGUUCUUGUGACCAGUAGGGAGCUCCAGCUUGUUAUAAUCCAUCACUCUGCGUUUAUUAUGUGAUUUCUAAUUGGGGGAGAGAGUUUCUGGAGAUGCUCAGACCAGUGUUGAACUGUGCUUCUGCUCUACGUCUCUUGGUGUAACUAUUUGCAACAUGUAUUUGUAAAUAUGACAACGACAGAUCUCUAAUUGUGAAUAAAGGAAGUUUUAUCACAGGA